CCGCACCGCCCCAGCAUGCUGGGGGAGCACAGCAGCCGCCCCGCAGACCGAGCUCUGCUCAGCCAGCCCCCCAAGACCGGACUCAGCUGUAAAAUGGUGCUUCAGGCAGUUGGCAAAGUGCUCAGGAAGUCCAAAGCGAAGCCCAAUGGGAAGAAGCCGGCCGCGGAGGAGAAGAAGGCCUACCUGGACCCGGAGCUCGCCAAAUCCCGCAUCACUGACUGCGAGUUCAAGGAGCUGGUGGCGUUGCCCCGGGAGAUCGACCUCAAUGAGUGGCUGGCCAGCAACACCACCACGUUUUUCCACCACGUGAACCUGCAGUACGGCACCGUGUCGGAGUUCUGCACGGCGGAGGCCUGCCAGACCAUGGCCGUGUGCAACACACAGUACUACUGGUAUGACGAGAGGGGGAAGAAGGUCAAGUGCACGGCCCCCCAGUAUGUGGACUUUGUCAUGAGCUCUGUGCAAAAGCUGGUGACGGAUGAGGACGUGUUCCCCACAAAGUACGGCCGAGAGUUCCCCGGCUCCUUCGAGUCCCUGGUGAAGCGCAUCUGUAGGCACCUGUUCCACGUGCUGGCGCACAUCUACUCGUCCCACUUCAAGGAGACGCUGGCCCUGCAGCUGCACGGGCACCUGAACACGCUCUACGUGCACUUCAUGCUCUUCGCCCGGGAGUUCGGCCUGCUGGACCCCAAAGAGACCGCCGUCAUGGACGACCUCACGGAGGCGCUGUGCGGCGGGGGCGGGGCCGGCGGCGGGGGCGGGGCCGGCGGCGGGGGCCCGGGGGCACAGAACCACGUGAAGGAGAGGUGAGCCGAACUGCCAGGCAGGCCUGCGCAUGUGCAGAUGGCCCGUGUGCCUGCGUGUGCCCGCCCGUGUGCGCUCACGUGCUGGGCGCACUCGAGGGAGGUCUGAGCAGCAACACUGGGCGGACCACGCCAUCUGGGGCGCGGGACCCGCGCCCUGUCCCUGCAGGAUGGGCGAGCUUCGCUUGUUGGAAGUGCCCAAGACCCCUGCCUUCGCUCAGCACAGCUCCCGGGACUGCCGCUCCCCCACUUCCUGCGGGCUCCUCGGCUCCUCCCUUUGGUCUUCUGGCACCUGGCCCUGCCUCCCUGGGCGCUCUGCCUGCGUGCGUUCUGAGAGAAAUCGCUCACGCGUGGGAUGGGCUCCUGCUGGGUCCUGGGCCUUGGGCCCCGCUGGUUUCUUCGUGUGUCAGGCUGGGUUACAUCAGACCCUCCUGUCCCUCCACCGCCCCUGCCAUGCCUGGGGCUUGGCUGUUGGCAUCUGGGUGUGGGGGUGAGGGCAGGUUGGUGGUGCCCUGCACGGGUCCCAAGCCCACAUCUCCCUCCUGCCCCCGCUGCCCAGGAGGGACCCGGACCGGCUGGGCUCAGACCUCCUGCGCUCAGUCGGGGGCCGCCUCCUAUGUGCGCACGCCGCCGCCGUGGGCAGGAGGUGGAGCCCCACGCUCGGCUCCUCUGUGCGGUUGAAUAAAAAGAUUCUCUCAGGUCA